CAUGCUGAAUGUGUUUGACGAAUGGUAGUCUGAUGAUCGUUAUCUAUGAAUCGAAGCUGUCGAACCAUUAUACACAUCUAGACACAUCUCUGCAUCUCUGACUUCGAAAUCAUGCCGGGCCGUGGUUUUUUAAAACACCCUUUUCCUUCGUUGUUUUCAUUUGGGUGGCAACUUUGAACCACUGACUUUUACCACGUCUACAUUCGAUUUCUCCUCUAGGGCUACCUCUGGUGAUUUUGUGACAGGAUUAAACUCAGAAAAGCACCUGUACCCAAUGUGCCCCCCAUUUUUGCGGCCAUAUGCAUGGCAUGUGUCUGAUGCUUCAGAUUUUUCUUCGUGCUCAGAGCCCAGUCCAGACCAAGAACCGCCUCAAGAGAAGGUAGUUCGAAAUAAAGACCAUCGAGCAUGCGAUAGAUGUAGAGAACUACGCUACAAAUGCGAAAAAGUAAGCGGGGAAGAGUGCUCCCUUUGUACGAAGUGCGCGAACAGUGGGCAAGAUUGCACGUAUCUACGUCCUGUGGGUCGCCCAGGUCCCAUACCAGGCGCAGUUAAACGGACACUCACCCUUAGAAACACCCCUUUCUCAAAGCGACGCGCCUUGUCCACCGCGAAUUAUAAGGAAUUAAUGAAUAAACCAAUAUCUCUAGCUGAUGAGUCGAAAGAUGCGGCCCCAAUAGACGCUGAGACUUGGAAAAAAACCGUUCAGCCUUCCGUCAACCCCACAGAGCCCUGCUCAGGCUUGCAAUCUGAGAGUGGUUCAGGUCUUACCUUUUCUUGUUCAGAAGAUGACACUUCGGGAUCGUUAGGUCGGAUCUUGAACCCAACCUGGUCAUGCACUUCGACUGGUGGCUCAAAGUUAUCGAGGACAGAUGUUCAGCAAAAUGUUCAAAGGUUGGAAGGUGAUGUCAGGAAGAGUCAUCGACCACUGUUAUGGGUCCGAACGCGCUCUGAUAUGUUGGAUUCGACGACAGCUCGGAACAAAAAGCAUCUAUUCGCAGAUUAGAUGAAAUUCUGAUGCACAAAAUUUGAUGAUUCAAAACUUACUUCCUCGCUGUAUGCG